ACCUCUGUCCUCUUUGAACUGAGCUGAACCUUAUGCACGUAUAGGCUUAGAGCUUAGCACGCGUUCAUGCAAGCAUCGCUACUCUAAGCCAUCCCUUUUAACGUAGUAUAGGUAUUGAUAGAGGCUAAGUAAAUGCGUCCCAAACUUGUUGUCUGUCAAGCUUUGGUUUUAUUGUAAACUUAAUGCAGCGAAAGGACUCAGUGAAAACAAUCAGCCUUGCUGGGCGACUAAAUGGAAGACGAUGAGGAGUAUAAGGUCUCAAGUGGGUUUAGGUGGGAGUCCAGCAACAUCCGGAUUGCCUCCGAUGUCCCGCCUGAGCUCCUGGAGCUCCCGCCUCCGUCACGGGGAGGCGGCAGCGGUGGCGGAGGUGGCGGGGGCCGGCGGGUAACGCAAGGCGCCCUGCCCAUCCCGCCGCUCAACCUCAAGGCCCGGGCCGAGCGCUCCGAGGACCCCUGGCAGGAGGCCCUCCUGCUGUCGCACCCCUCCGCCUCCCUCGGCCACCACCACCACAGCGGCAGCAGCAGCAACCCCAGCCACAACCACAACCACAGUCACCAUUCGGGGGGCCACAGCCACACCAGCCACAGCCACACCAGCGGCCACCAUGCGUCACACCAGGGGGGGGCUCACCUGGCUCACAGCCACAGCCAUGGCAGCCUGCACCCCCACCGCCACCGCAGCACCACCAGCAACAACACCAGCACGGGGGACUCACCCAUGCGAGGAGCCGGACACAGCGACAGCGAGGGUGGCGAGGGUGGCGAGUCGCCGCCGCUGAGCUCCCGCGGCGGUGACGGCGGCGGCGGAGGCGGCGGCGGUGGCGGCGGCGGCGGCACGGUUUCGGGUGCUAGUGACGGCGGCAGUAGCUUUGCCGCCGGCGGCGGUGGAAGCAGCAGCUACGGCAACGCGGGCAACCGCCAGCGGCAGCGGUACGGCGCGUGGUACGUGCCGCCUAAGGAAUGGAGGAUGGUGUACGGCAGGAGCCGGAGCCCCACGAUGAAUGGCGGGGUGUCGGGCACGCCGCCAUCCUCGGUGGCGGAUUCCACGUCGGCGCCGUACCUCCCGCAGGAGAUGGCAGGUCAGAGCUUCAGUGGCGUCGGCGGCAGUCACAGCAGCGCCGCCGCCAGCUUUGACGGCGCCGGCGGCGGCGGCGAGUCGGAGGCCGAGCGAGCGAGUCGCGAGGCGAUGGCGCUGGAGCUGGGCGUGUCGUACACGGCGCGUGCGUAUAAGGAACACCUGAGGUCGCGACACUUGCGGCCGCCGGCGGCUCUGAAGCGCGUGUCGACACCGACGGAGGAGCAGAUCCGGCAACACCAAAUGGACGUGGCGCGGGCAGCGCAGUUAAAACGCGAGCAGGAGCGACUGCUGCAGCAGCAACAGCAGCAGCAGCAGCUCAUGAUGCAGCACGCGGGGGCGGGUCUCGAUGUUCGCUCCAACCGCAGUACGGCGACUGGCAUGUUGAACCACCCCUCCUCAUCCUUCGCCGCCGCCACACCGAACACGAGUUCCCCCGGUGGCGGCGGAGGCCGCGGCAGCAGCACCAACGGCGGCGGAGGCGGCGGCAGUAGCACCAACGGCGGCGGAGGCGGCGGCAGUAGCAGCGGGGCGUUUGCCUUUGCGCCCCGGCGGCUAGUGGUGCCGCCGCCGCCGUCGUUGCCGGAAACCCCCACCAGACAUCCUGCGACACCGCCGGCGCCAAUGGCGGCGUCGUUUCGUAACGCCUCGCCGCCGCCGACUGCGGGGUCGGAAACGCCGACAGUGCACUCUGCGUCGGCGGCGGCGACGCUGCCGUCAACGCCGUCGCCGCUGCCGGCGACACCGCCGACGCCAUUGCAGCUGCAGACGGAUACGCCUCGUUCCGAGCGCGGCGGCUCUUCGCAUUCUGAAACAACGGAAAGUCGCGGCGGUACGGCUCGGUCGUCCAAUGCGGACGCCGCCUCGACGAUAACGACGGCGACAACGACGACGGUUGCGACGGUUGCGACGGUUGCAACGACGCCGACAGCGGCGAGUGGCGGCGGCGUGAGUUCAAUCCGUGGCGCUGCGGAUUGGGUGGAGACGCUGGAUGACGUCAUGGCUCCAGCAUUGCGUGAGAGGAUUCGGCAACUGCUUAAUGUACAGAUAUGAUAUGCUGACUCUGCAGGACGCCAUUCUGGACCACCAAGCCCGCAUGCACGCGUACGAGCAAGAGCGCGACCGGCAACGGCGAGUACGACAGUUUGCCGACGGAGACCCAACCGCCGGCAACGGUCCCGGUGUGGGAGGCCCGCGGGGGUUGAGACGAGGAGGGCCGCAGUCCACGGCAGCCGGGAGGGCAGCGCGGAAGGCGCGUGGGAGUGCCGCUGCUGGGGGUACUCCUGGAAGGGUUCCCGGCGGCGGUGGCGGUGGGGGCUCGCCUCCGACGCCCUUCACAGCGAUCGCAGUUGCCUCCGCAGCUGCUGCCUCACCCUCAGCGGCGGCUGGGCUGGUUCCAGAGCCCAACGGGCACCAUCAUGCCUUUGGCCCUUCUCCGUCUCGCUCGCCCAAGCGAGUGCACCUGGUAACGGUCACAUCUGCCAGGGGCCGCCAUGAGGUGGUAGGGAGGGAGCAUAGUCGCGUUGUAGAGAGCGCGACGGGGGAUGCGGUAAAGCAUGGAGGAAGCGGCAGCGGCGGCGGUGCCGAAGCAGGCGCAGGAGGCGCCGGGGAGCUUGGGUCAGAGGCUGCAACAAUGGGGGCAGCAGCCGCGGGGGCAGGUGCCAUCACCGCCGUGCCGUCGCUCUCAACCCUGCCCUUGCCGCCGUUGCCAACCGCCGCCAACCCACCACACCACCACGACCCACCACACCCCCCCGCUCGACAACUCUCGGGCAGCGCCUCCGUUGCGACAUCGGUCACCGCCAACCCCAGUAGCAGCAUGGGCGGCGCCUCCGCUGCCGCCACAGCCGCCAUGUCGUCGGAGCUGUCAGGAUUGACACCGCAGGCCUCCGCUGCCUCGCUCCACGCCGGCUCGUCCACAAGCACAUCCCGUUCGUACGGCGGCGGCAGUUGCCGACCCAGUCGCUCGUCAAUGCGCGCGAGCAUCCCGCAGCCACGUAAGAUCGCGCUGCCGGGGGCCGUUGGCGACCUAAACCACCUUCAACUGCUGCUAGAUAAGCUGCCGCAUGGACGGCGGAGGGGGCAUAGUACGGCAAGGAGUUACGAGGGCGCCAACUCUGCACGGAGCGCCGGCGCCGGCGGGUCACUAAGCCCGAAGUGUCGUCAGCGGUUUACCGUACAUUUGCAGCACACGCCGCGAUCCACGAGCCCCAUUGCCAGCCUAGCCGCCGGUGGUGGCGGUAGCGGCUGGGGCGAGGCUGCCGUACACGCGGCACUCAGCGGCUUUCCUGUCGGCGCCGCCGCCGCGGCCCUCGCACGUAUCGUUAGCGACGACGACUUGCAACGGUCGGUGUCCGCCGGCCGGCGGCGAACCCCCAGCCCGUCUGCCAGCAUGUCGUACACGAUUAUUGCAAACCCGUCGUACACUUCAAAUGUCUCCGUCGGCUCGCCGGAGCCCUCCACGUCGUCCC